AUGGUUGGUAAAAAUUCAGGUGUAGUAACUCGAUUACGUGAGAAAUAUCCAAAACUCUUUACUUGGCAUUGCUUUAAUCAUAGGCUUGAACUAUCAGUAUCCGAUACAAUAAAAGACGUACGAGGAAUUGACCAUUUUAAAUGCUUUAUAGAUAAGUUAUAUAGUUUGUACAAUCAAUCACCAAAACAUUCUCGUGCUCUGGAAAGUUGUUGCCAAGAUCUAAAACUGCAGUUUAAUAAAAUAGGUCAUGUACUUAGUACUCGAUGGGUAUCCAGCAAUUUAAGGACAGUAAGAGUAGUUUGGAAGUCAUUUGCUGCCCUUCAUUCUCAUUUCAAAAAUUCUUGUGAUGACCAAAGUAAUGAUAAAAAUACAAUUGCUGUAUUUAUUGGUUUGAAAAAGAGACUUGAAAGUCCAGAAUUCAUUUUAGAUCUAGGUGUUAUGUAUGAUGUACUUCAAGAACUUUCAAUGUUAUCGAAUGAAUUACAGUCUCGAACAAUUACGCUGCCAAAAGCUGAACAGUCAAUAAAAAGAACAAUUAGAAUAAUUGAAAGUUUUAAACAAGAACCAGGAGAAUAUACACAAAUAGUAUUAAAUUCUAAAUCAAAACUAUUAUUUAAUAAGAUUAAACUUGUUCCGAAUAAAAAAAUUGUUGCUAUAAAUCAAAACCAAAGUAUAGUUGAUAGAAUGACGACUCGAUUAUGUUCGAGGUCAGAAGAUGAGAACUAUCAAUUACUUAGUGAUAUUUCAGCACUAGAUCUAAAUAACAUAAAAACUAUGAGUAGUGGAAGUAUUAGGUGUGGAGAAUUAGAAUUACGAAGAAUUUGUAGGCGUUUUUAUGUUGAUGAAGUACAAGCUGUUCAAGGAUUAAGAGCCUUUAUAGAAAACAAUGAACUGAUACCAGAUAAUUUUAAACCCAUUUUAAAUAUAAUCGCAUCAUUACCAUGUUCCACAGCUGAGUGCGAAAGAGGUUUUAGCCUUAUGAAUAAUAUUAUUACAAAUUUGAGGGCAUCACUUUUAAUUUCAAACGUAUCAAGUUUAAUGUUAAUUAAAAGUAACGGACCACCUAUGGAAGUGUUCAACCCAGAAAUGCGCGCGAGAUCGUAG